AUGACUCAGGCUGUUGCCCAGCUCUCGGGAUGGGAAGGGCCCAACACAAAACCUGCGACUAUUCCCAUGCCGCCAAACGCUGAUAUGAUCUCUCGGAUUUGUCCACCGCCCUCCCGCAAUGGCCAAAUCAACAUCGAUACGUUCUCUCCCGUCAAUGAGAACGGCAGUUUCGCAUUUGAUCGGGUCCUCAAGACAGGCCAAGUGUUCCGCCGGGUGAAACAUAAACACGUCUUUCGCGCCUCCUGGAAACCUGCCUAUCUUGUGCUCCGUCCCAAUUUGCUCUCCGUCUACAAGGAUGAAGAGGCCACUCGGCUCCGUGUCUCUAUCUCCCUCUCCGAAGUCACGGCCGUGGCUCCCGUGCGGUCUCCUCGUUCCAAUCGCGAACACGUCUUUGGCAUCUUCACCCCCUCCAAGAAUUACCGAUUCGAGGCUCGGUCGGAGCGUGACGCGGAAGACUGGAUCAGUCGCAUCCGCCGCGAAGCGCCCACCGACGAGGCCGAAGCCGCUUUCCUGGCACUGUCGAGCACGAGAAAUCCGCCUAUGAUCCAGAAACAUCUAGUCGAUGAUACAACGGAGCCUUCGGACAUAGAUGGUAGGGGGAUCAACAGGAAUGUGAAGGCCAGCUCGUCGGAGACCAGUCACGGAGUGUACCCCGGCGCCGGUGGGAGCCACGGGAUCGGGGCCCGCAAACCGCCUUACACCCAGGAAUAUUCGGGCAAUGAAAUCACAUCCUACUCGGAGCUGUCGGACAAUGGACCCUCUCCGGCGCGAAAUAGUCGCCUGCGCUCCAUGCCUUCCAUUCACACUUUGUCUCUCUCAGCACCCGAGGACAAGCCUGUUGCUUCUCUGCCUCGAGACAUCCCUCGACACGAAACAACUCGCCAAGCCGACUCGGCCAUCCUGCGAGACCCUGAGCGAGUCAUCUGUCAAGGCUAUCUGCAGGGCCUCCGGAUCAAGGGUGCAGUGCGGCAGUGGAAACGACUGUGGGUCGUCUUGCGGCCGAGAAAUCUGGCUUUUUAUAAAGAUGACCAUGAGUACUCGGCCAUCAAAAUUAUCUCCAUGUCCCAAGUGAUUGAUGCCGCAGAAGUGGAUCCCAUGUCACGAUCCAAGAAUUUCUGCAUGCAAAUCAUCUGUGUGGAAAAGACCUAUCGCCUAUGCGCUGGCGAUGAAGAGUCCCUGGCACGGUGGCUUGGCGCGUUGAAAAGUAUCAUUGUCGCACGGAAAAAGCUCGAGACUAUGCCGUCCGCCACUGUCUGA